UUUUUUUUGUCCCAGCCUCAGCUCAAACCAGCUUUUCCUGGCCUGCCAGGAGAGAGGGCGGGGAGGGGGGAGGAGAAGGCAGGGAGAGAAUUGCUAAGCUGUGAUCACAUGUAUUAAUUAAUUAAUACAAGGGGAGGAAAGCUGUGAUCGUAGAGAACGAAGGAGUGGGGAAGGUUUUCGGGACCCUCUUCGGGCAGCAGAUCGCCAGGUUUCAGGGGAGUUUUAGUUCUGUUGUUUGGGAGCUUUCAGCUUACUUUCCGGGAGAGUCAAAUAUUUAAUUGCUGCAGUUAAAAGAAGGACGAGUCUGGCAGCUGUGCGGCGAGCCGGCUGUUGGGAAUGUGACGCUUCUCGUCUGCGCUCGGAGAGGGGCCUUUUCUUGGACGAAACAGUGUUAAGGGGUAGGGGGAGGGAAACGAGCACUAAAAGCGACCAUCGCAAUUUAAAAAUGAAGUGGAAGGUACGGGUUGAAUUUUAAAAUAAUUCCCCGUUCUGUUGACCUUUCCUUGGGUAUCGGUGAAUUGGUUUUGGACGUCAGUUUUCCAGAAAUUAUUAUAUUAUUUAUUAUUACAAUAUUAAAAGGAGAAAAAUUGAGGGCAAGGAAAAGUAGGCGGGAAGCUCAUCUUAUUUGCAAGGUUAAUGACAAGGUGUUAGCCGUAAAGAAAUGGGCCAAUCAGAGCUUUAAUGCAAAUUAUACUUUUUAAGAGAAAUGACCUAGAGGGUACAAAUUUGAUUCUUUUCCUCUUCCCUCCCUCACGUCAACGACUCUUUCAGUGAGGUAGGCAUCAGAGUUUUUUGGGGGAAAACCUUUGGGCAACUUCAAGGCAAGUCUACCAGUUUCAAUAUUUCAUUCUGCUCGUCGAACUUGAGAAGUUAGACUUCCCUGACCCAAGAGCCAUAUGUCAAACAGUUCACAAUUUUUUAUUUAAUAAGAAGUAAAGUGAAGGGGGUUAUAGAAGACUACUUAAAAAUUCAUGGUCGGCCACUGUAUUCAAAUCGCAGCACCGGAGAGGAUAUAAGCAGGAAAGGAAGCACUUCAGAUUCAGGGUUGGAGUGCUAAGAGCAGCCUCCCGUUCCUUCGGGAACUGGGUGGCGCACACAGACAUCAGCCCCUGUGCAGGAUGGCUGCCUUGAAACGGAGUCGAGCCCAAGCUUGGCCGGAGGAGAGAGGGGACAGGGAGCAUGGACUGUACAGCUUGCACCGCAUGUUUGACAUUGUGGGCACUCACCUGACCCACCGGGACGUGCGGGUGUUGUCCUUUCUCUUUGUGGACGUGAUAGACGAUUAUGAGAGGGGCAUGAUCCGCAGCGGCCGGGACUUCCUGCUGGCGCUAGAAAGGCAGGGCCGCUGUGAUGAGACCAACUUCCGCCAGGUGCUACAGCUGCUGAGGAUUAUUACUCGCCAUGACUUGCUGCCCUACGUCACCUUGAAGAGGAGAAGGGCUGUGUGUCCAGACCUCGUAGACAAGUACCUAGAAGAGACAUCCAUUCGCUACGUGACGCCCCGAGCUCACAGUGAUGCAGAGCAUGGUCUUGGCCACCCUCACAAAUCAGUGCCUCCCCAUCACCCUGUGGUCUGCUGCUCCUCGGCGGGACCUCAGAUCUGUACCAAGAGGCCUGGCCGUGGGAGAGCUCUUCUCAGUAGUCAGCGGAAGAGGAGGAAGUCGGUGACACCAGAUCCCAAGGAGAAACAGACUUGUGAUAUCCGCCUGCGUGUGCGAGCCGAGUACUGCCAGCAUGAGACGGCGCUGCAGGGCAACGUCUUCUCCAACAAGCAGGACCCCCUGGAGCGGCAGUUCGAGCGUUUCAACCAGGCCAACACAAUCCUCAAGUCCCGGGACCUGGGCUCCAUUAUCUGUGACAUCAAGUUCUCUGAGCUCACCUACCUCGACGCGUUCUGGCGAGACUACAUCAACGGCUCCUUGCUGGAGGCCCUCAAGGGCGUCUUCAUCACAGACUCGCUCAAGCAGGCGGUGGGCCACGAGGCCAUCAAGCUGCUGGUCAACGUGGACGAGGAGGAUUACGAGGUGGGGCGCCAGAAACUCCUGAGGAACUUGAUGCUGCAGACGGCGCCCUGACCUGGCGGCUCUGGUGCCCAUGCCCGGCAGCCCAUCGCUCCUCCUCUUGGGUUUGUUUUUCUUUUCUUUUUCUUUUUUUUUUUUUUUUCCUUGUUUUUUUUGUUUUUUUAAAAAAAGAUGAUUUAAAGCCCUCCCAGCCCCACCUGCCCUGCGAUGGACUGCCGAGCUAGGACUUGCGGCGCCACCAGAGCCAGGGCAGGGCUGAGAGCGGAGGAGGAAGGGGAGCACCCACCUACAGUGCCGGGGCUCCUGUUGCCCUUCCCUCGUUCUUCCCCCACCCCCGUGCAGUUUUUUGUACUGUCUGAUUAAAAACCAGUCUCCCGUGGUGCCCGGGCCCUGUCAGUGAGCAAGGUGGGUGGGGGGGAGGGAGGGCUGAUCCCAGGCUUGGGUCGAGGGACUGUUGUUAGACACUUUAUCAGGGAAUAGGUGCAUGGCGUGAACCCCAGAGGGAGAGGGGGGCACCCUUGGGUGUGAGUGGGGGGGAGGGGGGAUCAUCUGUGAACCCAGAUGCACCACGUAGCACUGGCCUGGGCACUGCUUCACCCAUCUGCUGCUUGGCACAGGAGAGGAUCUCAGCUGAGAUGUUUUAGGCCUGGUCUCUGCCCCUUAAGUUGUGUUUCCUUUGGAGGCUGGGCACAGGGGACUAGAACGGCCCACUCCUGCCUCCCGGCAGGUGCUGUUGACUCCCUGGUACAGCAGGGCCCUUCCGUUGGCAAGAAGAGGGCGGCACCAUGGGAGUGGCUCGGACAGGAGCAGGGCUUCUGGCCAUGUUGUCAUCCGAGCGGUUCUCAUUGCCCUUUGGGGGGCUGGGAGUGGGACCACCCUGCCUGGCUCCAUGCCAUGGCGUGAGGGAAGAGUCCUCUGCACUGAUGUAGCCUGUGCUGGGGGCAAGAGCGGACGGGGCUGUUCUGCUUCACCUCCCCACAACCAUGUGCCUUCGUUACCCCGUCCUGCCCCCUUCCCUCCCCGGCCAGAACAGACGCUGACCUUUCCAGGAUAAGGAGAGGUGUGGAUAUGGGCUGACAUGUCUGCCAGCCCCAACCCCCCUCCCAUGGGCAGCGGCCAGAGGAGCUGUCAGUUGUGCCACGUUGGCAUGGAGAAGAGAGCUUGGCCCUGCAGCCUGUGUUGCUUGGGCAUCCCAGCUCCCCUGGCUGGCAGUGGGAGAGCAUACGGCAGCCUCUGAGGGGUGAGGGGCUGCUGUGAAGCAUGGUGACACCCACUCCCAGCUCGUGUGGGAGAGCAGGCCCCAUGCCCCCAUCUCCCUUCCAGUCCUUCUGUGUCCCUACUACCACGCUGUGCCUGGCUGUUGUGGGGAGGGGGGCUGGAGUGUACCGGGGAAGCUGUGCAGCGUGGGUCCAGCGUCGUCUCUGUUUGAUCCUGCCAAUAAAGCGUGGUCUGAGUCACUGGCUUGCACUGUGCACGGGGCCAGGGGUGGGGGGAGGGCUGUGCAGGCAGGGGCUGGCUGCUGCUGUCGGCGCGGGGCCUAUCCACUGCGGGCAGUGGGCGUCCCAGAGCAAGCGGUUGUGGGUGGCGCUGAGCCUGUGUGGCCUGUCCAUUGCUCAAGCUGGGCUGGGCCCAGCAUGCUGAGGCCUAGCAACACUAACUUCACCUGCCCCCCCCACUUAUCCUGCAAUGGCCCAGGUGGAAGCCCAGGCUGAAGCACUGAUCCCAGCAUGAGGGGUGCAGGAUGUGCUGGGAUCCCUCCUCCCAGCCCUGCUGAUUGUGAGGCCAGGCCAGUCUAGCAACACCUGCUUGAAAUCUCACAAUUGCUGCUCUUAAGUUCUGAGGAGAGGCUUCAACCCCCUCCACCCGAACUUGGCACGAUCACGGACUUAGCCCGUUAUGUGCCCUGGGCACCAGGAGGGCUUCACCUGUUUGGCUCAGGUCCUGGAGGCCAAUGAGGAACAACUGAGCCUGUGGGGCAGUGAUGGCUUUUUAAUCUCCCCCGCCAGGGUCUGGUGGUGCUCCCUCUUCUGUCCCAGGAUCCAGCCCUGCUCUGUCCACAAGGGCUGGGCCCAGGGGUCACUUUCUAAACAGCAGCUCAGAUGUUGGAUCUUCCCCACAGAGCCCUGCCCCAAGGCCCUGUGUCCACCAGUCACAGCCUUACCCCUGGAGCUGCUCAUCUGACAUCAGGGGCUUGGUGUUGGGGGGGGGAGGGGCUCGGUGUGGAUGCCAGUACAACUGGGGUGUGUUGUGCUGGCGGAUCCCUGAGCAAGGGUGGGGGUGCGGGGGGUGGCAGCUGGGGACCGUGGUCAGUGGGAGGCUGUGAGCGAUAGAGCUGCAUUUUUUUCUAACCAAUUUUCUGAGUUGUGGGUGCACGGUCAGUCUCCCCCUCCCUCCCCCAGCGCACGCACGCACACGUACGUAACCCCCCCUUCCCCAGUUUGAGGACAAUUCUGGCACAAGUUGUGUAACUUCUGUGACUUCUGUAUUUUUUAAGCCUCCAGUAUAUCAGUCAUACUCCCUGUGUAGCUUUCAGUUUUCUUGAAAUAAACAUCUACUGCAUCUC